AUGCUUUUAUCUUGUCUCCGCACCAGCCUUUGUACCAUCGCCCUGCUGAGUGGUCACGUUGCGGCUCGGCCAGCUGUAGCCACGACUGGACUCAACAGUGAUGAUUCAUUGCCUUUGAGAGGGCCGUCUAUCGUCCAAGUUGGGAGCGCAUACAGGAACGUGUUCCCAGCUCAAGACUUUAAUCGAAAUGUGACAACAACAUGGUGGCAGACCGACGUACUGGACGGGGACGCAAGCCAACAUGCUACGAGCCUGGAAAAGGACCUUAAAGAUGCUUCGUUCAUUGUGCUCAACAAAGAUAUGUACAAGUUGCUUGGCGUCAAAGACCAUACAGUUAAAAAAGAAGUCGAAACCAUCUUCGAAUUCCCGCCUGGCCCAUCUUGGGCAAAGCGCAUAGUGCACGACGGCACUGUUCACUCCCCAGAAUGCAAUUGCAUCUUCAUGGCAGAGUUACAUCCUCCCAAGACUGGCUUUUCUGCCGAUGCCAUGCCAUGGAUAUGGCGCGUGAACCUACACAACACUCCCCCAACAACCGAGAAGGUGUACCCCUCGCCUCAAUUGACCGUACCCAACGGGGCUUAUUAUCACAAAGGCGCUAUUUACUGGGCACAAGAGGGCAACUAUACUGUCCUGGCGACAGAGGUCGUUCUCAACAACUUUUACGGGCACCGGUUCAACAGUCCAAAUGACGUGGUCAUCACUCGAGACGCCGUAGUAUACUUCACUGACGGGUACUACGGCUAUGACAACUUCAACGACACUCUCAAGCCAGAGUUAGCCAACGGCUUGUGGCGAUGGGACAUGAAGUCAAACGAUCUGAGGAUGGUGUCCGGUGCUGGCGGGGGACCCUUCACGAAUCCUAACGGAGUAGCACUCAACUCGGCGCAGGACAGGCUGUAUGUCACCAACCGCGGCAACUCGUCGGAUAACCCAGCAGGCGGACGAACAAUAUACGAGUUCCAGUUGUCUCACUCAAGCGGAAUACCGGUCAAGAGAGGCGAUGUCUUUGCAUAUGUUGACGCCGGGUUUCCGGAUGGUAUCAAACUAGAUGGUGACGGUAGAGUGUACGGGGGAAUCGCUGGGGGAGUGACUGUUUUCGACUCUACUGGGAAGCACCUGGGUAUUAUCAAAGUUGCGGAGGGCGACGUUGCGGUUAACAUGCAAUGGAAGGAUGAUUGGCUGUAUAUCGCUGGCCGAGACAAGAUCUAUAGGGUACAGCUUAGCGCCCACGGAGUUUAA